AUGCAUCGCACAUACUCUAUGAGGCAAUCGCGGGCUCCUACAGCCUCGCAGCUCCAGAAUCCCCCUCCUCCACCAUCAAGCACGAAGUCUGGACGGCUGUUUGGAAAGGGUGGUCUCGGCCAUGCUAUCCGCCGCCAAACUGCCGGCCAGUUCGGCCCUGAUCUUGCGAAGAAGCUCUCGCAGCUCGUGAAGAUGGAGAAGAAUGUUAUGCGCAGCAUGGAGCUUGUUGGUCGCGAGCGCAUGGAAGUCGCUCAACAACUCUCCAUCUGGGGCGAGGCUUGCGAUGACGAUGUUUCGGAUGUCACGGACAAGCUUGGCGUCUUGCUCUACGAGAUUGGCGAGCUUGAGGAUCAGUAUGUUGAUCGUUAUGACCAAUACCGUGUUACUAUCAAGAGUAUCCGAAACAUCGAGGCUUCAGUUCAGCCCAGCAGAGACCGCAAGCAAAAGAUCACCGACCAAAUCGCGCAACUUAAGUACAAGGAGCCCAACUCUCCCAGGAUUGUCGUGUUGGAGCAAGAACUUGUCCGUGCUGAGGCCGAGUCCUUGGUUGCUGAAGCUCAACUCUCAAACAUCACCCGCGAGAAGCUAAAGGCUGCUUACACCUACCAAUUCGACGCCCUACGUGAGCACUGCGAGAAGCUUGCCAUCAUCGCAGGCUACGGAAAGCACCUGCUCGAGCUCGUCGAUGACACACCCGUCACACCCGGCGAGACCCGCGCUGCUUAUGACGGAUACGAGGCGUCCAAGGCGAUCAUUCAGGACUGCGAGGAUGCGCUCACCAAUUGGGUUACCGCCAACGCGGCCGUCUCUUCUAAGCUCUCAACCCGUGCUCGCACUCUGUCUCAACGCCGCCGCAACAACAUCCAGCGAAACGGAGAGGGCCAUGACCUCUCUGGCCAAGACGCACCCUUGAACGACCGUGAAUCCGGCCUGUGGGUCCCGGCCUCCGCUCACAAGGGCGAGGAGUACGAGGAUGAAGACGAGGAAGAGGAAGAGGAGGUCGGAGCGCCUUCUAUCCAGGACUCUACUGUGAAUGGGGAGACGAGGGGUCGCCAGGAGACUGUCGUUGCCUAA